GUUGGCUCAUGUUCUCGCGUGCCUUCAUACAUGAUAAACCAGUGGUGCUGAUGCUGUGACAAUGGGAGAUAUGCACCAUCUGAAGUAAGGAUCCGGCAGCGGCUGCAUGCAGGCUUGACGGACAGCAGAGAAAACAUCCCGAUAAAGACACAAGGAGGAACCUCCUGGUUCUGCCCGGAGAGGCAUAACUCUUCAAGCUGCUCCAUAAACCAAGGUUGUUUGGCUUCCAUCUGCAUCCCCAGUCCAGAGAUGGGAGUGUUCAGCCGGCAGAAGUUUUUCCAGGAGCUCACUCAUGGCUGCCUGCUGCCUACAGCUCAGCAAGGCCUGGAGCAAGUAUGGCAGCUGCUGGUUAUCUGCCUGCUGUGUCGCCUGCUCUGGAUGUUAGGUCUCCCUUCCUUCGUGAAGCACCUGUGCACGGUGGCGGGAGGUUUCUACACGCUGUACCUGUUCUUUGAGCUCCACAUGAUCUGGGUCGUCCUUCUCAGCCUGCUUUGCUACCUCUUUCUCUUCCUGUGCCGCCAUUCGACCAUCCGAGGAACCUUUCUGUCUAUAACGGUUCUCAUCUACCUGCUUCUUGGGGAGCUGCACAUGAUGGAUACCACCAACUGGCACAAAAUGAGAGGUUCACAGAUGGUGGUGGCCAUGAAAGCUAUCUCCUUGGCUUUUGAUCUGGACAGAGGAGUUGUGACCAAUGUUCCCUCACCCAUCGAGUUCAUGGGCUACAUUUACUUUGUGGGCACCGUCAUCUUUGGGCCCUGGAUCAGCUUCAACAGCUACAAAGAAGCUCUAGAAGGACGUAAGUUGAGUUUAGGAUGGAUUUUAAAAGUGUCUCUUAGCUGGGUGAAGAGCCAGAUCUGCCUUGUCGUUUCCAACUGCGUGGCUCCCUACCUCUUUCCCUACUUUAUCCCCAUCUAUGGAGACAAGCUCCUACGAAGCAAAAAGAGGAGGAAGAUCAGAGGCUCACUGGCAAAGUGGCUGCUGGCAUAUGAGAACACAAUGUCUUUCCACUUCAGCAAUUACUUUGUCGGCUACCUGAGCGAAACUACUGCGACUCUCGCCGGGGCAGGUUUUACGGAGGAGAAAGAGAACCUCAAAUGGGAUCUGAGCGUGUCCCAGCCGCUCCAUGUGGAGUUUCCCCGCUCCAUGGUGGAGGUGGCGACGUGGUGGAACGUGCCCAUGUCCCGCUUUCUGUACACAUAUGUUUUCAAGAGUGCCGUUAAAUUCGGGACGUUCACUGCCGUCAUGGUGACGUACAUCGCCAGUGCCCUCUUACAUGGUCUAAGCUUCCAUCUGGGUGCAGUUCUGAUAUCUCUGGGGUUCAUUACGUACGUGGAGCACGUUUUUCGGAAGAGGCUUGCCGCCAUAUUUAACGCGUGCGUGCUUUCUAGGAAAUGUCAGCCAAACUGCAGUCACCAAAACAAAAAGAAGCUGUGGGUGUAUAUGAUUAACAUAGCAUUUUCUGCUUUGGCAAUGCUUCACUUGACAUAUCUGGGCUCUGUGUUCAACUCCAGCGUGGACUACAUGGAGGAGAAUGAGGACGAGAUCACCCACCACACCAUCCAGAAGUGGUCUGAACUGAGCUGGGCGAGCCACUGGGCCACGUUCGGGUGCUGGAUUCUAUACCGCCUCAUUCUCUAACAACUAGUGAAGCAACUAGAAGAAGAGAGAAGCAAUAACGAGAAGCAGGUUUUUCCACUUUUCUGUACUGUGACUUCAUCCUGCAUCAGACUUGCAGUUUUCAGGUUGUGCUGUAUUUGGGUCGGGGAAUGAUAUUCUAACCUUCUGGGGACUGGUUUUGAUAACCGUGAAAAGAAAAAGACAGACCGCAGCGCCUUUUUUUCUCUCCCUUUUGUCUGUUUCACAUUCUUUUUUUUUUUUUAUCUGAGGCUCAGUCAUCAUGGCCUCCUGUUGUGGCAGCGUUUACCUCUGUCUCACUGUGACUCACAAUCAAUAACUAUCAGCAUGGCGGACACGUGACGGUGCGCGUGAGGCAGACGUCCCCUGGUGGCCACAGCCCACCAUGUCAACUGUUUCCUGGUCACGCAAAGCCUCGUAAAACUUUUCACAUUUAGUGGGAUUUUACGUCUUAUCCCAAGAUAAAGAAGGGCAGAAUUAUGAAGUGAAAGAAAAAUUUGGGAUGUAAUUUCAGCUGCAAGUCAAUUUGGUUUGCAUCAAAUUAAGUUUUUGUUCGUUCUUAUUUGCAAAAUAGCUCGAUCUAAAUCAGAGAACAGCUUUAAAUUUGGACUUUAACUAGGACAUUCUAGAAUAUUUGUAUGAUUUGAUCCAAGGGUUCACCCAGUCGUUUAAUAUCCUAGAAAAUUCUUACAUUUUAGUUAUGGUUUGGAAAAUGUUAGAUAUGCAAACUGCACAGUUUUCUAAUAAAGUAAAAUCUAAUGUUUGAUUAAAAGCCUAAAUUUGGCAAGUUUAACCAUUAUUAACAGCUAAAACUAGAUAUUUUAUAUACCUAACAAAAAGACGUGUUUUUUCAGACUGAGGUAAGUGAAAUCAGAAUAAACGUAUCUCGUUUAGAGAAUUACCCAAAUUAUUUCUAGUUGCUGAGUAGCAGAAAGCUUAGCAAGAACAUUUUUAGAGAUUUUAUUUUUUAAAUUUUCUUUAUAUAUGGUGUUUUAAGCAUUUAGUUUGAGCAGGAAAUUUACCAUAACAUGAUUUGUUUGUUUGAAUUGUUCCAAUGUAAUGAAGAUUUUUUUUAUUACCAAUUGCUCCAUGUCUAAAAAUAAAAGCUGGCUCAUAUUUUAAAUAUUAAAUAAAAUUCUUGAAAUUUGUGGACUUAAUUUUAUUUAAUUUUUUGUUAAAUUAGUGUUUUAGUCUUAGACCUGCCAGGUGUAAGAGCUGAAGCUGAGGGAGACACUUCAAAACAUAAAAUAUAGUUAUAUUUUAGUUUAUAUUGUUUAUUGUAAUAAAGUGAAGUAGGGAUAGAUUAUAUAAUAAUAAAUUGAAAUUCAUUUUGUUCAUUUGUGGUGUUUUUAUAUCCAACGUUUGGUGCUGGGAAAGUUUAAAAACUUACCUGGAAAAUCAUUGAAAAGGAUUUGCUCUACAUAUUUUUUCCCAUUAAUUCUGACCGAUGCAUCCCCCCAGCAUGCUGCUGCCACCACCACCAUGUUUCAUAAUGCUGAUUAUUCAUUAAUGUUUUGUAACAAACGCCUAAAUUAUUCACAGAAACGACACAAAACAGAAUAAAAUAAACUUGUUUUUGGGUCUUUGUUAAAUAUUUUCCUUCCACUUCAUAAUUAGAAUGAAGUCUCACAUUUGUCACAUUUGCAAUGUGACAAAUGUGAGACGUUUCAAGACAUUCCCUAGUCUUCUGUCCUCAACAAAUCUAAUUAAAUGUCCAGAAUCAAUAAUGCAGUUUCCUGUCUCUCUGUGAUAUAUUUUUUAAAUUUCUCCCAGCCAGCCUGCGUUGUGGCUGCUUGUUUGCGGUUCUGUCAGGAAGACAAAUCAAAACCCACAGAAUUGAAUUUUUUAUGAACCCUGGUGGGCAGGUGGAUCAUGGCUAAAGGAGACAGCCAGACACUCUGGCAGCUGUAACCAGUCAAUUGUGUGGAGCUGCUUCCAAUUUAAACUACAAGAACACAGGAAAAGCAGCGCACGUCUCUUUCUCCUCCUAGGAACCAACAAAGACUUUAUUUACUGAAUUCAACAAGCACAUAUAAUUACUAGACUGCAUUUUUACCACUAACUAAUUUUGUGAUUUUUAGAUAUAUUAACGGUUUUAGAUGAUUCAAUCAGAUUUUUUUUUACCAGUGUAGUAUCCUGAUGGUGUUUUUUUUCUUUCUUUUUUUUUUUUUUUUUGGUCUGACUUGAAUUAUGUCCUUAAAAAUGUGAUUUUGAUUUUUUUUUUUCUCCUCUUCCUUCUAUAUAUUAUAACUUAAGAAUCAGGGUAUUUGAGAUGUAUUAACAAAAAUUCUCUUUCAGCUUUGUGUAAACUAAAAUAAAAUUAUUCAUUAUUCUACACCAAUUUUUACUUAAUAGGUGCUUGUAAUGAUUUACCACCUGAUGAAAGAGUAUGAGUGUGUGCAUCAGAAAAUGAAGAUUUGGUGUUAGAUAUGACCUUUUGUUGACGUGCCAAGUUUCUGCUGUAGUGCCACUCAGUAUAAUAACCACUGUAAAUACCUUAUAUUUGCUUUAUAUUUGUGUUUUGUCCCAAAAUAUGUAAAACCCAACGGCAUACCUGUGAUAUUUUUAUAAAAUUUUACAUGAAA